ACCGAAACGCAGAUAGAGUGAUUAUUAAGAGUACGAACGCUAUCACCGCCCGCUACACUAGACGAGAAGUGCAAUGGUGACUGGCAAACCCCGUUCUGCAGCUUUCUUGGCUAGCUAGUAGCUACACUCCCACUUUUACCGUUAUCGACUACCCGUUCAUUUCGUUUUCGGAUCGGUCAGCGUUUGUCCGCUUUUAAAUAAGUCUCUCGUAAUCUAAUAAGUGUAAUAGGUAAUUAGGAUCAGUGUUACGGGUUGCCCCUGUGUUGUACGAGGAUUGCGUGACGGCGUAUGUGAGCGACUGAGCGACCCCGGCUCGGAGUCGAGCGGCGUAAACAAUCUCAUUACAGUGCCAGCGAGGCACCAUGCGGUCGGCGCCUUGCCAUAUGUACAAUACUCCCAGCAAUUUUUAAUACGAAAGUUACAGUAAUUUUCCUCAAAACAAACAGUAGUACUGUUUCCGAACAUAGUGUUGUGCGGUGACCUGUGACAGUGUUUUUGUGUUCCAUUUUAAUGGAGUUUCAGUGAACUUAUGUUUGAAUUAUAGAUAUAACUUUUCAAAAUGGAUAAAAAAUUAGAUCUACUCUCUCUGUUUGAGUCGGAUCCGUGGCAGGCGUCCGAUGAUCUCUUGGAAAAUAUUUUCUCCCUUGACGAAGGUUCUUUGAAUUUGUUGGAAGAAUCUUUGCCAGAUUUUAAUAUUCCGGAGAGUAUUCCACAGCCCGAGGGGCUCAGUAGCUCCAGCUCCGAUAGUGGACUCUCGAGUGGAUCUCUUGAAUGCGACUUCGAGCAGCAGCUGUCUCCGUACUUCAUCCAGGCGUGCGAGGAUGAGGCCCAGCCGCCGCAGCCGGCGGCGGACGACGAGGUCGACAUGGUGGACUUCGAGCACAACGUCAUGCCCGGCUUCCUCAACACUGACACAUUCCACACACCCAACAAAGUCGCAAGAAAACGUCGUAUGUCUCAAACACCGCCGGUUGUCGUCCAGUCAAAAGUCUCGAAACCCGCCGCCAGGGCGCCGACCGCAACCGCAACCAAACCGCAGCUGGUUGUGAAGGCGCAACCGCAGAAACCCGUCAAAGUGACCAACGUGCAAGUGAUCAACCCUCAGACGAAGGUUUACUCGAAACCGGUUGAGAGUGUGGCCCCGCAGCGCAGGGUUAUCAGGGUUGCGCCCAUGUCGGGAGGCAACCCAAGGUCCAUACUCCUACCGGUUACCAUCAAAGACAUGAAGGACUUCAAGUCCAUAAAGAUCAUCAACGCCGCAGACCUGAAAAACGCCUCGAAUAUCAAGAUAGCAGCCGCCAAUCUGCUGUCACAGAGCAAACUGCAAGAUUUCAAAAUGGACACCAGCAGCGACGAUUAUGAACAAAAUAACUGUGACGACUCCGGCACCGACCGCAGCGACGACGAGGACGAGAAAGAGACGCAAAUAAACGACGGCCGCAAUGGCUAUCCCCGUCUCGUUCUAACCGCCGAGGAGCGCCGACUGCUCGCGAAGGAGGGCAUCACUCUGCCGACCAGCUACCCGCUGACCAAGCACGAGGAGAGGGAACUGAAGAGGAUCCGCCGCAAGAUCAGAAAUAAGAUCUCCGCACAGGACUCCAGGAAACGCAAGAAGGAGUAUGUUGAUGGACUCGAAGACAGAGUGAAGCAGUGCACAGCGGAGAACCAGACGCUGAUCAGGAGGAUCAAGAUCCUGCAGUCACAGAACCAGUCCCUCUCGCAGCAGCUGAAGAGACUACAGAGCGUCCUCUCCACGGUGACCGGCGGCGGGAAGUCAGCGCAGCCGGCGACAUGUCUGCUGGUGCUGCUGCUAUCUGUGGCGCUGGUGGCGCUGCCGUCGGUCCGCGACGAGCUGCGCGCGCCCCGCACCGCGCCCGCCGCAGCGCCCGCAGCGCCGCCCGCGCUCACUCGCGCCCUGUUGUCCGCCACAAAAAUGGCGCCCGACGAAACCGUCAUCGACGACGGGGAGUUCAACAUGGACGAGCUCAUCACGUUCAACCGCCAGCACCAUUCCGACCACGACUACCAGGUGGUCAAACACCUGGACUCCAAACCCCUGGACGCCAAACCCCUGCCAGGUGGCUACGUCGACCUCCCUAUAGACGAGGACUGGCCCCCCAGCCUCAAGAAGCGGAUAAAAAAACUGGAAUUCGAUUACGAGGACGGCAAAGACUACAUCCCGCCGAUCAUAAAGGAUGAGAACUACGAGCAUUUGAAGACGGAUAGCAAAAUCGAAGAUUUGAGGAUGGAUAACGAUUUCCUAACGAAUACUCUGCUCUCCACGGGCAGGAAACUCGGCGAAAUGCUCGACUUGUUCCCCCUGAUACCCGUCAAAAAUGAGGAUAUACUGAUCGAGGAGGUAAACGAUUAUGACGCCAGGAAUAUCACCGAAGUCAAGAGUUUCGUCGUCAACGGACCGCUGAGCGAGUUGUAAGGUUACUGUUUAUAUUUUUGUAGGUUGUGUUUAUUUUAAUAUUAAUAACGAAGACAUAAUAUUUUAUUAUUUCCAUUUUUCGAUGAAAUUAUUUUUAUCCUAGGCUAGGGCACGUCGUCGAUAAUUUCCUUUGGAUUGUUUACCAGUAAGGUAUCUUUAUUUUUAUAUAAGUUUAAUAUACAUUAUUAUAAGUUUUACUUUAAGGCAAAAUCGGAUAUUUAUUUUGAAAAGAAAAUAAUAUAUUAUUGCUUCGUAUUUCUAGCAAUUAUAUAAUUUAAGUCGUCGGUUUACGUAGGUUAAGUAUGUUAAGCAUUUCGAUGUUGAUUUGGUGCAAUUUUGACGUUAUUUUGGUACACACUUGCUCGUGAGCGUGUUUUAUGCCUCUAUAUUAAGACUAAGUAUCGAGAGAUGUCGGAUUUAGAAUGAAAUGUUAAUCGAAAUAAAAUGUGAAUUU